AUGGGUCGCCAGCAAACUCUCGGCAAAUUCUUUGCCAUGCCGCUGAACAAGAAGGCGCCGCCACAGCAGGCGAACCUCAGGGAGCUGUGGGGCGGCAAGAAGGCCACCGUCACGCAAGAGAAUGUCGAGGUCAAGACUGAAGACGUGAGCGCGUCGAGCGCGUCGGAGAAGGUGGAGACGGGAGAAAAUGAUAUGCAAAUCGAUGAAUCGAACGUGCCAUCUGACCGCCCGAAAAGUAAGAAACGCAGAGUGGUGUCAUCAGACGAGGAGGAUGAAGGCGACGCGCCCGCCGAAGGUCCAAAGCUCAAAUCCAAGGCUGUGGUUCAUGAUGACGACAAGGGAGCAUCCAAAGUUCCAACCUCUAAGGAAUCGUCUUCCAGAAAGCCUAAGAAACGCAAGACUGCCCCUGCCAAAGUGGUCGAACACGAGGAGGGCGAAGCGGAGGCAGCGUCUUCGCAUUCUGCAGAUGAAGGAGCCAAGGAAGAUUCUGAUGGUGAAGAAGAGUUGGAGGAGGAGGAGGAGGAAAGAAAGGUCGCCGCUGAGGUAGCGCUGGAUAGAAGAGGUGAAGUUGAUGUAGAGGGUGGAUGGAAAGUCGGCGAUCCUGUUCCAUAUGCGGCUCUGGCAAAGACGUUUGCUCUCAUCGAAGCAACGACCAAGCGAUUAGAGAAGACGUCUCUCCUGACCAGUUUGCUGCUGCUUGUCAUUCAACGGAGCAAGGAAGGAGACACCGACUCCCUGUUGCGGACAGUGUAUCUCUGUAUCAACCGACUCAGCCCAGAUUAUAUUGGUAUCGAGCUCGGAAUCGGCGAGAGCAUCUUGGUCAAGGCUAUCGGGGAGUCAACAGGACGGAGUCUUCCUGCCAUCAAGGCCGAGCUCAAGAAAGAAGGAGAUCUCGGCCUUGUCGCAAUGACCUCGAAAAACAUGCAGAAAACUUUAUUCAAGCCUAAGCCCCUCAGUGUGCCUUUCGUCUUCUCUCAUUUGAAGGAAAUAGCCCUGAGUGCUGGCCAUUCGUCUCAAAACAAGAAAGUCUCCAUCAUCACAAAGAUACUAGCAGCAUGUCAAGGGCAGGAGGCCAAGUACAUCGUCCGCAGUUUGGAAGGCAAGCUCCGAAUUGGUAACGCAGAACGGACUGUGCUCGUGGCAAUCGCACAUGCCUCUGUAUUGGCAGAACAGGAAAGAUCCGGUAAGAAAUGGAAGCAGGAGAAAUUGACCGCUCGUCUGGAGGAGGGCGCAAGCGUCGUGAAAUCUGUCUACAGCGAGCUUCCUACAUACGACAAAGUCAUACCUGCGCUUCUCAACGUUGGAAUCGAUGGGCUUCGCGAGCAAUGUAAGCUCACCCCAGGCGUCCCGCUCAAACCGAUGCUCGCGAAGCCGACGAAGGCGAUCGGCGAGGUUCUCGAUCGUUUCGAGGGCAAGCGGUUCACGUGUGAGUACAAGUAUGAUGGCGAGCGUGCGCAGGUGCACAUGCUCGAGGACGGCAAAGUUAGCGUGUUCAGCAGGAACUCGGAAGAUAUGAGCAAAAAGUACCCGGAUCUCGUCGAGCAGCUGCCGCAUUGCAUCAAGGAAUCGACGAAAUCGUUCGUCUUGGAUGCGGAAGCUGUCGCGAUCGACCGAACAACGGGUAAGCUUAUGCCUUUCCAGGAACUGAGCAAACGGAAGCGUAAGGACGUCAAGGUGGAAGAUAUUCAAGUCCGAGUGUGCCUUUUUGGAUUUGACCUGCUCUACCUGAACGGCGAGCCGCUGCUGCAUAAGACUCUUCUCGAGCGACGCGAGCUGCUGAAAGAGCACUUCCAGCCUGUUGAGGGAGAGUUUGCGUUCGCCAAGUCGACGGACAACGAGUCCACAGAGGACAUCCAAGCGUUCUUGGACGUCAGCGUGAAAGACGGAUGCGAGGGACUCAUGGUCAAGAUGCUCGAGAGCGAGGCCAGCUACUACGAGCCUAGUCGUCGUAGCGUGAAUUGGCUCAAGCUGAAGAAAGACUACCUCGCGGGGCUCGGCGACUCGCUCGACCUAGCUGUCGUCGGGGGCUACUACGGAAAGGGCAAGCGCACAAACGUCUACGGCGCGUUCUUGCUCGCCUGCUACGAUGCCGACGGCGAGAUAUUCCAGACGAUCUGCAAGAUCGGCACGGGGUUCAGCGAGGAGGUGCUCGCGUCGCAUUACGCCGUGCUCAAGCCGCUCGAGCUCACCAAGGCCCGCGGGGACGUCAAGGCGGGCGGCGCAAAGCCGGACGUGUGGUUCGAGCCCAAGGUAGUGUGGGAGGUGCUUACAGCGGAUCUGAGUUUGAGCCCCGUGUAUACGGCAGCGAUGGGAUUGGUGGAUGAUCGGGGUAUCUCGCUGCGGUUCCCUCGGUUUAUUCGUGUUCGUGAUGACAAAAAUGUGGAUGACGCGACGGGACCCGAGCAGAUCGCAGAAAUGUACGAACGACAGGUGCUCGCGCAGGGGAGCAGCAAGAAGAAGGGCGGAGGCGAUGUGGAUGACGGGUUCUGGUAAUCUUUUGGUACCAUGCCUUACACUGACGCAUGGUGCCUGUAUAUCAGCCAUGCAUGGUUUUUCUUGCUACUUAUCAUUAUUCUCGUUCCACGGAA